AUGGGCUGUGUCAGCAGAGAAUAUGGGCUCAUUAUGCCCAAAAAGUUGCCACAGAAGAAUCUUGCUUCGAAGAAGCUCUCUGUGUUUGCAGAGGAGUCGGAUGAAGAGCCUUCGGUGGGGGAGAGUCUUCAGAAGGAAGCGUUGAAGAAACAAGCAAUGAAACAGACUAAAUUGGAGAUUCAGAAGGCUUUGGAGGAAGAUGCCACAGUGUAUGAGUAUGACAGUAUUUAUGAUGAGAUGCAGCAGAAGAAGAAAGAAAGUAGUGCCAAAAUGUUGUCUGGAAAUGGUGACAAAAAGCCCAGAUACAUCCAUAAUAUCCUCAGGGCAGCUGAGAUUAGAAAGAAGGAACAAGAAAAAAGAAUGGAAAGAAAAAUCCAGAAGGAGCGUGAAAUGGAAGGAGGAGAGUUUGCUCACAAAGAGGCUUUUGUGACUUCAGCCUACAAGAAGAAGCUGCAAGAAAGGGCUGAGGAGGAGGAAAGAGAAAGAAGAGAAUCAGCUCUUGAGGCAUACCUGGAUGUGACCAAACAGAGGGAUCUCAGUGGAUUCUACAGACAUCUUUUAAACCAGAGGGUAGGGGAAGAAGAGACUCCUAAAUGCAGCUUCCGUGAAGCCAGGAUAAAGGAAGAAAAACCUGACAGUUGUGAUGAACUCAAUGAAAGGAACAAAUGCUCAUCUGAAAGACAAAGACUGAAACCCACUACUAAGAAAGAGAACGAUCCAGAUGCUGAUACUGACUUAGGAACUGAUAGUAGUGAUGAUGAUAAGAGACACAAAGAUAGCAAAGUAAAUUUGAAAAAGAAGAAGAGGAGACAGAGCUCUGUGAGCAGUGAAGAGGAGGCUAAACAUCACAAGAGCCAGAGGCAUUCCAGGUCUCCAAGCUCAUCCAGUGUGGAGGAAGAGCCACGCUCAAAGGCCCAAACAAGUCAUGGUGCAAAGAGGGCAGAGAGCAGACCAGGCAGAAGGGGAAGUGAUGAACAGUACAGGGAAAAAGAUUAUGAGAGAAGUAGGACCCACGAGAAGGAUCACCAAAGGGAAAGGGAAGAGCGACACAGGCAUGGGGAUCACACCAGUAAAGAUCACUACAGGAGGAGGGAAGAGCAAGAUGAUAAACAAAGGGGGAAGGACAGAAAAGAGAGGGAGGGACAUGGCAGAGAAAGAGGAGAGAGGAGGGCAAGGGAGAGGGAGGAGAAGGGCUCAGAGAAGGACAGAGAGAAAGAAAGAAUAAGGAAUGAUAAAGAAAGAUAUAAUGAAAGAGAGAAGGAGAGAGGAGAGAAAUACAGAGAAAAGGAAGAUCGUGUCAAGGAGAAGAGAGAGAAAUAUGGUAGUGAUGAAAAGAAAUACAGGGAGAGGAGGGAAGGCACUCCUACAUCUUCAGAAAAAGAUGGAGAGAUUGAUCAGGAUAAAGAGAGAAAAGGGAAACGCAGAGAAGUGGAUGAGAAGGGAAGCUCCAGCUCUGGGAUGUUGUCUGAGCAGAAACGCAAAGCUGGGGAAGAAGGGCAGAAAGAGGAGAAAGAACCAUCACAGAAACCACCCGAGGUCAUGAGCAAAUUUGCCAAAAGGAGCAACGAGGAGACAGUGAUGUCAGCACGGGACAGGUACCUGGCACGGCAGAUGGCACGUGUCAGCACCAAGUCCUACAUUGAGAAGGAGGAGGAUUAA